GUUGCCGGUAGAAUAUUUGCUAUUCGGCAUUUUGGUGGCCAGUGGAACUGAACGCCGCUUUGACAAACGCACGCACGCACACAUACACAUACAGAGACGCGCGCGCACGUAGCGUCGAAAAAAGAGGUACGGGAACCGACUUGCUGUUGCUGCUAGGCACCAAAAUCAGCCCAACGGCGCCGUUCCGCUGUAGCUCUCGUCCAUUUGCCAAGGUUGACCAUUUUGGCGGGAGCUUGUUCAAGUGAAGUUCGGUUUUUGGAGCCGUUGUUCCUCAACAGGGUGCAUCAAAAUGGGUGAUCGAGCAGAUGGUGCAGAAGCAUUCGAUGAUGCCGUGGAGGAGCGUGUCAUUAAUGAGGAGUACAAAAUUUGGAAGAAAAACACUCCCUUCCUGUACGAUUUGGUCAUGACACACGCGCUCGAGUGGCCUUCGCUAACUGCCCAGUGGCUGCCGGAUGUGACGAAGCCGGAAGGGAAAGAUUACUCGGUGCACCGGCUCAUACUCGGUACGCACACAUCGGACGAGCAGAAUCAUCUGCUGAUCGCGAGUGUGCAGCUGCCGAAUGAGGACGCACAGUUCGACACGGGCCACUACGAUAAUGAGAAAGGCGAAUUUGGUGGAUUUGGAUCGGUGUCGGGAAAGAUUGAGAUUGAGAUAAAAAUUAACCACGAGGGUGAAGUGAACCGGGCUCGCUACAUGCCACAAAAUCCGUGCGUGAUCGCCACGAAAACACCAUCGAGCGAUGUACUGGUGUUCGACUACACGAAACAUCCGAGCAAGCCGGAACCGAGUGGAGAGUGUCAUCCGGAUCUGCGACUGCGUGGCCACCAGAAGGAGGGUUACGGUUUGUCGUGGAACCCGAACCUGAACGGGUAUUUGCUGUCCGCCAGUGACGAUCAUACCAUCUGCCUGUGGGACAUUAAUGCCACACCGAAGGAGCAUCGGUUGAUCGAUGCGAAGAACAUCUUCACCGGACACACGGCGGUGGUAGAAGAUGUGGCUUGGCAUUUGCUGCACGAAUCACUGUUCGGUUCGGUGGCCGACGAUCAGAAGCUAAUGAUCUGGGAUACACGGUGCAACAACACCUCGAAACCGUCCCAUACGGUUGACGCACAUACGGCCGAGGUGAACUGUCUCAGCUUCAAUCCGUACUCGGAAUUUAUUCUGGCGACGGGUUCAGCAGACAAGACGGUCGCACUGUGGGAUUUGCGCAAUCUGAAGCUGAAACUACACUCGUUCGAAUCGCACCGGGAUGAGAUCUUCCAGGUGCAGUGGUCACCGCACAACGAAACGAUCUUGGCCUCGUCUGGCACGGAUCGCCGACUGCACGUGUGGGAUCUGUCGAAGAUCGGGGAGGAGCAGAGCGCGGAGGAUGCGGAAGAUGGGCCGCCAGAGUUGCUGUUCAUUCACGGGGGCCAUACGGCCAAGAUAUCGGACUUUUCGUGGAACCCGAACGAACCGUGGGUCAUUUGUUCCGUGUCGGAGGAUAACAUUAUGCAGGUGUGGCAGAUGGCGGAAAACAUGUACAACGACGAGGAUCCGGAUGUUCCGGCAAGUGAGAUUGAGGGUGGUGCACCUUAAUCUCGAUUUUUUAAUACAUUCGCGCAUAAUUAUUUGCAA